AUGUCGCUGCAGAGUGAAGACAAUCUCAUCCAUACUUUCAAUGGCAUUACUUUUACCACAAGAUCAUCACCAGAGCUUUUAAAGUCCCUGGCUACUUUUGAGGCUAGAGAAGAUGAUAUCCUUUUGGCUUCCUAUCCAAAGUCUGGCACCCAUUGGCUUGCUGAAAUUAUUAUGCAUCUUUAUGCACCCAGCGUUGCUUUAACUUCUCCAAUUGAAUUUGGAGAUCUUUCCAAACUGGACCAACUGGACCGUCUUUCAUGCAAGAGGAUCAUUCCAACCCACUUGGAUAGCAACAUGUUGCCACCCACUUUCAAGAACAAACAAUGCAAGGCUAUCUACAUUAUCAGAAAUCCAAAAGACAUUGCCGUUUCCAUGUACCAUUAUUACCGAGAGAAUCCAAACCUCCCCACGAUAGAUACUUGGCCUAAUUUCCUAGAGAUGUUCCUAAAAGGAAAUGUUGUCUGUGGGUCCUGGUUUGAUCACAUUUUAAGCUGGGAGGAGUACACCAGCGGCAAAAACGUCCUGUUCUUGUUUUACGAAGACAUGACAAAGGACCUUUCCAAAGCUGUGAAGAAAGUAAGCACCUUCCUUGGGGUCAAUGCCAGUGAGAACGCCAUUCAUGACAUCUGUAAGAAAUCAUCAUUCAGCGAGAUGAAGAGUAACACCGAGAAAGAAAACAAUGAUCCCAACCAUACAGUUUGUGCACUCACCUCUAGUCGGAAGCUGAUAUUCCGAAAAGGCACCGUUGGCGACUGGAAAAAUUAUUUCACUCCCAGACAGAGCCGGAUGUUUGAAGAGACAUUUAACAAGAAGAUGAAAUGCAGCGAAGUGGCAAAGCACCUUGUUUAUGAAUUCUGA